GCGUCGUGGGCGCUUGCUAUGUGCGUCCUUUCCGGGCGUCGCGGAGUGGAGUGGCCAACGGCCUGCGCAGCAGCAUGCCUAAGUUUUAUUGUGACUACUGUGAUACGUACCUCACCCAUGACUCUCCAUCUGUGAGAAAGACACAUUGCAGUGGUAGGAAACACAAAGAGAAUGUGAAAGACUACUAUCAGAAAUGGAUGGAAGAGCAGGCUCAGAGCCUGAUUGACAAAACAACUGCUGCAUUUCAACAAGGAAAGAUACCUCCUACUCCAUUCUCUGCUCCGCCUCCUGCAGGAGCGAUGAUCCCACCUCCCCCUAGUCUUCCGGGUCCUCCUCGCCCUGGUAUGAUGCCAGCACCCCAUAUGGGGGGCCCUCCCAUGAUGCCAAUGAUGGGACCUCCUCCUCCUGGGAUGAUGCCAGUGGGACCUGCUCCUGGAAUGAGGCCACCCAUGGGAGGCCAUAUGCCAAUGAUGCCUGGACCCCCAAUGAUGAGACCUCCCGCCCGUCCCAUGAUGGUGCCCACUCGGCCUGGAAUGACUCGACCAGACAGAUAAGGAUAGGGGGAGGACUCUUUUAUCAGUUUUAUAGUACUUGUUCUACUUCACCAGGGGAUCAUGGUGCUGUGACUGAGUGUUUUCUUGAUAGCAUGUAAGAAAGACUUGCUCCCCCUUCCUAUCAGAGAAUAGUUUUGGAGAGGAAAAGGACAAAAAAGUACAGUUUUCAUUUGUAUUGUGAAAUAUAAAAAUAAAAUUGUCAACUCUUUUAGUUAAAA